AUGGAGCUACCAGUUCUUCUCGUCACCAAUGGCGUCUUGAUGCCAAAUGCUAAGCUGAAAGUUCCUGUGAAAAGCAAAACAAACUUGGCGACGCUGGAUCGUUUCGUUAUAAACAAAGGAUUGCCAGGAAAAUCUCUUGUUUUGGUUGCAUAUAGGUUAGAAAAGAGAAAGAAAGUCUACGAAACAGGAACUGUAGCUUUAGUAGAACAAGUUGUCUGCUGGAGUUACAAUAAUUUCGUACAGUACACGAUUCACCUUGUGGGGGUUUCAAGAGCAAAAAUUGAAAAAUUCGCUAUACCCAUUAGCACUGUACAACAACUCUAUGCUGUCGAAGGGGAGAUUUCGUCAGAUUUGAGGAAAGAAUUUGUGGACCGAGUUGGGGAGUUGUCGAUGUCAUUGUCGUUGGACAGGAUCGAGGACUCACUUGCGUUGAAAAAAUUUUUGAAUGAAGACAGAUUGGAAGAUUUGGCAGAUUAUUGCGUUUCACUGGUCAAUGACGUCUCAUAUUCUUCACUUCUGAACUAUCUGGGCACACUGGAGAUACCCAAAAGAGUCGGGCUAGCGAAUUCUUGGUUGAAGGAACAUCUGAAUGAAGAACAGAAUGUGGUGCCAUAUGCUUUAAGAGGACAUUACAUCAAACGAGAAAGGAUAUGGAUUUACACACAUCCCACACUCGAUUCGCGUGAUGUUCCUGAUGUAGAACAACCAUAUCUUCCACGUAUUCGUCAUGGACAUAACAAAUUUUCGAAAAACAAUAUCGAUGAACUUGAGACCAAAUUACAGCAGGCGGGACUGCCUGACAAUGUCAAGAAUCGUGUUUGGGCUGAAUUUGAUCGCUUGAAAUCGAUGGGACAGAACAGUUCCGAACAGCAUGCAAGGGAACUUCUAGACUCUUCUCAUAGCGGAAUGGAGGGCGUGAAGAAACGGAUCCUUGAAUUUUUAGCUGUUAGAAAGCUGAGCAAUUCGAUCACCGGUCCAAUACUCUGCUUUGGUGGUCCACCUGGCAUAGGAAAAACGAGCAUAGCAAAAGCUAUAGCGCUCUCUCUUGGGCGCAACUUCGAGAGAAUUUCCUUGGGAGGCAUUCGGGAUGAGAGCGAUAUCCGAGGUCAUCGCCGAACUUACGUAGCAGCAAUGUGCGGUCGAAUCAUUCAGGCCAUGAAACAUGCCGGGAGCAAUAAUCCUCUGAUUCUUUUGGAUGAAGUGGAUAAGCUGUUCGCUGGUAAUCAUGGUUCUCCGUCUGCUGCACUGCUAGAAGUUCUUGAUCCGGAACAAAACAAUAGCUUUACCGACCACUACCUCAAUCUUCCAUUCGAUCUCUCCAGCGUUCUAUUUAUCGCUACUGCCAAUGAUCUCUCAAAAAUUGAAGGACCUCUUGCGGAUAGAAUGGAAAUCAUAGAAAUGUCGGGAUAUUCGACAAACGAAAAAAUGGAAAUUGCCGAAAAUCAUCUCAUUCCUCGUCAAUUGCUACAGCAUGGAAUAAGUCCGGAUCAUCUACGGAUAGAAAGAGAUGCUAUCAGGGUCAUGGUGGAAGACUAUACGCAUGAGUCCGGAGUGCGACAACUGGAACGAGCAAUCGCCGCGACUUGCCGAUUUGUUGCGUUGCGAGUCGCGGAAUAUGCACGAUAUGAGAAUGAUGGCGAUAGCAUGAUGCAGAAUGAGCCAACUAUUGUGACACCUAAUGAGUGCCGAGAAAUCUUGGGGAAGGAACGCUUUUCAUCGCUGGAUCUUGUGGAACAAAUGGGCAGAUUCCAAGUCGGAACUUGCUUUGGCCUUGCCUGGACACCUUUCGGGGGAGAAUUGAUGGUUAUAGAAGCUAACCGCUGCGAUGGAAAAGGCAAAAUUGUAAUGACAGGAAAACUUGGUGAUGUACUGCGAGAAAGCGUAGAUGUUGCUAGAACUUGGAUUCGUGCCAAUGCUAAAAGGUACAAUGCCGAUAACUUAGAAGGCUCAGACCUCCAUGUACAUCUACCGAGCGGAGCCGUUGGGAAAGAUGGCCCAUCGGCUGGUUGUGCUUUGGUUGCGGCCCUGUAUUCCUUGGCAAGUGGGCGAUUAAUCAGAGCCGAUACCGCGGUCACAGGAGAAAUCAGUCUUACUGGGCAUGUUCUUCCAGUGGGCGGAAUCAAAGAAAAAGUGCUUGGCGCGCAUCGUGCUGGUCUUCGUCGGGUAAUUCUUCCUCUAUCUAACAGAGGUGAUGUGGAUGUCAUCGACAAAACUAUAAAGAUGGAAAUGGACAUACAAUUCACAUCUGAUAUUGAUGAUUUACUUCAAAAGGUUAUGGAAAACGACAAAACAGACAUCUUAUUGUCAAAGUUAUAAAUAUGUCAU